GAGCAGUUAAAUAUGAGUCAGAAAUCUAGAGAUAAUCGGGAUAGUUUGGAAAGAGAAGUCUAUAUGGACAGUUUAAUACUGGUGUCACCGAAACUUAAUAGUUAUAAAAGCAGUUUUUUGAAAAUAGAUGGGUGUUCACAAGCUAAAGGAUCUAAUUUAGCCAUUCAGACUCUGAAGGAUAAGAGUUAUAAUGAUGACUGUUAUUCCAAAGAUGCUCAUAUACUUAAUGAGUCAACAAUGGAUAGAGAGAGUACACUGUAUCUUGGCAGAGAAAGUACUACUAUAGCCACAAGUAUAAAAGAGGAAGUUUCUAAACUAAGGAACUCAUCAAAGGGGAACAGUAAAGCACAGCUGUACACUCCAAGACUCAAGAUGCCUUUCAGUUCUAUCAAGCCUAUCACUCCAGUAUUGAGAAAGAAAAUAAACCUAAAAACAGCUUCGACUACUAUUUCUAAGGUCUCUCGAAAUAAGCUGUCCAGUGAGUGAAAGAGUCUGAAAUGAGCAUCAGGAUUAAGCCAGAAAGCCAAGACUCUUAAGAGAACAGUUACUGAUAUUACGAGGAAAAGGAAUACUAUAACUUCCUUGAAGCCAGCGAAGACUAUUAGUAAAAAUAGUACUCGGAAAACUACUAGUAAUUUAAUAAAAGGGAAGAAGAAAUCCCCUUUGGCAGCAAAAUCAAAGCAAGCAAAGAUUAAUUCGAAUUCAAGAAAGGCAAUAAAAGAGAUAGAGAAGAAGGAAAUGCCUUUCAAAAGAGCCAAGACUUUUAAAUUACCUCAGCCUGAUUUAAGCAUGUGCAAGACACCAAAGAAUAAAGCUCAAAGAAAUAGAAAUUGUAGGAAUAGUAUUACUGCUAUUUCAAAUAAAUUUAAGCCGUCUCUUGGAAAUCUCUUAACACCUGUCAGGAAAUCAUCUCGAAAUAAGAGCACGAGUGGAAAUGUAACUCCCAAGCAAAACUGUGCUACUAAUAUUCCAUUAGCUGAUAGAAAUACUACUCUAAAGAAGAGCCCUAAAAGACAGAAUCUACUUAUGAAGAAAGGCAUGUGUGCUUCAGAGAAGACCAAAAAGGCACAGAAAAAGACUGUUCUACAAGAAUAUAAAGACGCUAGCUUAUCUACCAAGAAGGAGCCAUUCUCUAAACCUAUUCCUUAUAUCGAGAAGGUCAAGAAGGAAUGUCUAAAAGAGAAAGAUGACCUUAAGCAGCCAUCCAAUAAAAUCGGAAGAGUUGAGUUAAUUAAGAAGAAGAACUUAAAAAGAAAAGAGAAAAUAAAAUGUUCUAAGACAAUUCAUCCUGAAAUAAAGAUGAACUUAGGUACUAAAUUCGAGCAGCAAGCGAUGGAGACUGAAAAGAAGGAGCUGGGCACUUACAAGCCUAUGUACUUAAAGUACAACCAGAAUGAAGUCUCAAGAGAGCUGUUCUACCCACUUAAUUCUAUAAAGGAGGUCAUUGGGGAAGAUACUAACACUACAGGGAAGUCUAGUGGUAAAGUAGUCCAGUUUAUGAAUACUGACCAGGUUAAUAAUGAACUAGCUCACUCUUUAAGUGAGGUAUCAACGCCUCAGGAGUGUACAGAGAUCAUUGAGCCUUAUGAACAAGGGCCUCAUCAAAAGGAUACUCUUGAUGAAAUAAAAAUUUUCAUGAACAAUAUCGAGCAAUUUGAUGAAAAUACAAUGCCAAAUGAGAAAAAGAGGGAUUCUUAUUCACCUGCUUUCCUAGAGCUAUUAAAUAGUGAAGUCAUAGAGGAUUCACCAAAGAACAAGAACUCUGAUAAGAGAUCAGAGCAAUGACACUACAAUGAGAAAAGCCAAGAACUCUCAUGGAAUAAAAUCACAAAUAAUUUGUUGCUGAAUCAGACAUUUAGUGAUUACUCUCAUGAGUCUAGUGAUAAUAUUCUGACAAGUAUUGAUGAUUUCUUGAAAGCAAAUAGGAAAGAAAAGCCAGCAACGGCACCUAAAAGAAAACGAGAGGUAUCGAAGGAGAAGCCUUUGCAUAAAAUUUUAUCUACAAAGGAACCUAAAAAGAUCUUUAGCAUCAACAAGGAGAAAGAGAUCCAACUUUUGGAAUCAAAAUUCUCUGAGCCUUCGGAUAUCUUCAACCUUAGCAAAUCUAGUAAAGGGAGAGGACAUGAAUCAGCGAGACAAACUGCUGAGGAGAUGAGUGAUAUCUUCAAAAGUGAUAUUAGUACUCUGAAAGACUUUUCAAACCUCUGAAGUUCAAGGACCACUCCUAUAAGUCUGAAAAAUAAAAUUAAAGCAAAGAAAUGUAGUGGAGUUGUAAAUCAAACAGAAUGUGAGAUCUCAUGAAACUCACUACGACUGAAUAAGGACUCAGAUGUCCAUCCAAAGAGCGAACUUGACUUACGAGUCUGUCGAAGAGCAGCUAGGAAACAAGGAGAGUUACCUUCUACAGAUAGCAUUCAUUUCUUGGGAGAAUAUAUCAAUUAA